AUGUCCAAAAGUCAGCAUGACGCGAGAGAGAUGUUCGUCGCCAUCGCUAAGGAAUCCGUCCAGCGUCUCCAAGCCAUCAUUCCCAACGUCCUCGACCUUAACGCACGGGACAGCUACAAGCGCACCCCGGCCAUCGCGUCGGUGGGAAUUUCCGAUAAGGACGCCCGCGCGCACGUCUUCCGCCUGCUGCUACGUCACGGCUGCGACGUCAACGCCCAGGACCAAAACGGCCGGACGGCGCUGAUGAUGGCGUGCAUGGAAAAAGAAAAGAUCGACGUCGUGGAAAUCCUCGUCAAGAACGAGAGCUGUGACCUUAACCUUCGAGACAACGACGGCAACACGGCACUGCAUCUCGCCGUAGACAGCGGCAACGCCGCGGCAAUACGUCUGCUGUUGAACUUUUCCACGAACAACUCGCGCUUGAAGUCCAACACGACAAACCGUGCAGGGUUAACUCCCUUGCAGUUGGCGGAAAAGCUUCAGCACGUUCGCUGUGUGCGCAUGCUGGUUAAAAAUGGCGUCGACUCUUCUAAACAACAGGAAACGGAAGCUAAGAAAACACGUGAUAUUAAAACAGCUAAAUAUAGAGAAGAAGAUACUUUACAAAAUAUUUCCCAAAAUUAUCGUGCUGCUUCGAAUUAUAACGAAAGACUGGUUAAAAAUGGCGUCGAUUCCUCGAAAAAACAGGAAACGGAAGUGAAGAAAACUCGUGACAUUCGAACCGCGAAACGUAAAGAAGAAGACAGCUUACAAAACAUGUCACAAAAUCAUCGAGCUGCUUUAAACAUCAACGAGAGACUGGUUAAAAAUGGCGUCGAGUCGUCGCUUAAACCGGAAACGGCUAUGAAAAGACCACGUGACCUCCGGACGGCUAAGCAUAAAGAAGACAACAGCCUGCUGGACAUUGUCCAAGGCUACCAACCAAGUCCGACAACCAACGAAAGACUCCCGGAGAAAAUCGUCUUCUCCAAGUCUCGUCCCAAAUCCGAGGUUUUGCCUUUACCGCAGGAGUUUGUCCACGCUUUCGCUCAUUCCCGGCCUCUGAGCGAUCGUCGUGUCGUAUCGUACCCUCGGGAACUCUACUCCCGGGCUGGGUUGGUUAAGGAGAACCACGCCUUGGUGUAUGAAGAGAGCUCAACGGGGUUCGCCGUACCGGCAUUAAGCUCCCAAACCAGCGCUCGGAUUUUAACAGGGAACGUUGCGCGUAGCUCCAGAGACCUGCAGUUCAGUCAAGCGGUGAAAACAAAGCGGGUUCUAACCCCGAUCGCGCCGAGGUCAGUUUUUGAAGAAACUCGACCCAUCACGCCCGUGGGGGAGAAAUCCAAGGGCAGACUACCCAGCAUUUCGAGCGGGAAAAGUCUUCAUUUGGUCUACACAAGGGAGACAACCUCAGAAAUAUUUUAACCAGUUAGGGGGUCAGCAGCAGUGGCGUCAGGAGGUUGGGGUGCAGUCCAAUUGUUUUUGUUAAGACAAUAUUAGAUCUAGUUGCAGUUAAAACUAUAGAAGAGUUGGGUAGAGGGUUAAGGGAUAACACCAAGAA